GGAUUAGUACAUUGCGAGCUCGUUUGCCUUCUGCACCCUGCUUCUGUUUCUAUCCAAUAACAUUAUUUCUGUUUUUCUUAUAUUGAUGUUCAUGGCUCUGGUUAUCAUGGGGGUUAAGUAAACCUGCACUUGCUUAUUUUCAUUUCCUAUUUUCUUUAAGCUUUAUGUGUUCCUUUUCAUAAAACACUAUUUUUACAGUAAUGCUAUCUGGGGAACGUUCCUUGGGGAUGAAAUCCCAGCGAACGUCCCCAGAGCCGUCUGUUCGGGAUUAGACGUGGCAGUUUUGGACCAAAAACUCCCCAGAUUUAAACGAAAUGCCAUGUCAGUUUUGAAAAUUGCCACCCCUCAAUGAAGAGCCCUGCGGUUCGCAAAUGCCAUCCUGGCUGGCGAACGGUCGCUGGCUAUUGGUGUCCCUAUUUUUACAAUGGUAAGAUGGUCUAGAGUAAUGAUUUCGUUUGGUGCUUUGAUUCUACCAGUUUAAGCUAUCUGGUAGAAUCCCUACGCGCAUGGUGCCCAAAUCCACCACGCGCCUGACCCUGACAACCGGCUCGCUGCUCCCCUCUGUCCUUUGCCCAUCCUAAGGUUUGCGCCCCCGUUGUUCCCCAACCGAGACAGCUUAUCAGUUGGUUAUGUGAUUUCGUUCCAUGGUAGUUUUUGCUUUGGCUGCAAUAUGUGUAUAGGGAGUUUGUGUCAAACUCUGAUACAUUGUGGCGCAUGGAUUCGGUUCAUUGAAAAUAUGAUAUUGCUAUGAAGUCGAUACAUAAUUACAAAGUCUAUCUCUUUAUUUGGGUCACCUAUGGAUAAAUUUGAGUUCGACGUAUAUUUACUGAAAUUGGAUGAUCUAAUAAACUGUUAGAUUCAUUUUUGUUAUUGUUGACGAGGAUAACAUGGAGAUUGUUAUCUCAAUGCUUCUUGCGCUAGGUACCUUUUAGUUUUCCUAUUCCUUGUAUAUGAAAGGUACGGUUGUGGUCUAGGAUCUAUGUUUAUCACUAUGUAGAUUUACUGAGCAUGUGAGCUCAUUAUUCAUAAACAUAUUAUUUCCUUCGCUGAUCAAGGAUUGAGCAUGUUUCUGCAGUAGUGACACACUCAUCAACUUAGUUCAAUUUUCUUGAAUAGCAUAGCAGAUGUAAAUAUUCCCUUGAAACAAUAGGUUAAUCUGUACAAAGGACUCAAUGCGGGAUUUCGUCCUAGCAGGCACAACAAGAGGAUUCCUGAAUUUCCAUGUUGGACAGCCCAAACAUUGUCAUGUACUCAUAUCAGUGUUUGCUGUUUGCGGGUUAGUACCAUUUGAUAGUUCAGACAGCGAGUAAUGUGCUAGAUUGCAGCACGAGAGGUGCCGUUUGCAGGUCAGGGUUCUCGCCUCGUUGGCAUGAUUUACUCACUCCUAUAUGUCCUCAUAUGAGGUUAAUGUACUUUGUUGGGACUUUGUGUUUCUCCAAGCCCACCACAUGACAUUCUGUGCAAUCUUAUCAUGGGCCUUCUCCAAGUCAAUGAACACCAUAUGCAUGUCCUUCUUUUGCUUCCUUUAUCUCUCCAUAAGUAGUCAUACCAAGAAAAUGGCUUCCUUGGUCGACCUCCCAGGUAUAAAACCAAAAUGGUUUUUCAUCCCACUUGUCAUUCUUCUCGAGUAGUGCUCGACGACUUUCUCUCAUGGCUUCAUUUUAUGGCUCAAGAGUCAAAACUCAAUUCCAUGGUAAUUAGUACAACUUUGAACACCCCCCUUGUUCUUGAAGAUUGAUACUAAUAUACUCCACCACCAUUCUUCGGGCAUCUUGUUUGAUCGAAAGAUGAGGUCGAAAAGCUUAGUUAUCCAUACCAUUGACGUCUCCAAGGCCUCUCCACACCCCAAUGGAGAUCAAUCAAGGCCCAUCGCCUUGCCUCCUUUUUUUUGCCUCCCUGACCUUGUCUUGGAUUCAUCACACAAAACGGAUGUUUGUAUCAUCAAAGGACUCAUCCAACUCAAUGGUAGAGCUCUCAUUCUGUCCAUUGAACAACUUGUCAAAGUACUCUCAUCAUUUAUGCUUGAUCUCCUCAUCCUUCACUAGAAGCUGAUUUGCUUGUCCUUGAUGCAUUUGAUUUGGUUGACAUCUCUCGUCUUCCUCUCUCUGAUCUUGGCCAUCUUGUAGAUGCCCCUUGGCCUUCCUUCAUGUUUAAAUGCUGGUGGAGGUCUUUAUACGCCCGACCCCUUGCCUCACCCACAACUCGCUUUGCAGUCUUCUUCGCCACCUUGUACUUCUCUACGUUGUCUGGCACUCCUAUCCAGGUAUAGGCAUCUGAACAGUCUUUCUUCUCCUUAAUAGCCUUUUGGAUAUCAUCGUUCCACCACCAUGUAUCUUUAGCUUCGCUUCUCCUACCCUUGGUCACCCCAAACUCCUCCGAAGCUACCUUCCAAGCACAAGUCGCCAUCUUCAUCCACAUAUUAUUUGCAUCAUCUCCUUCCUCCCAAGGACCCUCCUUAUAACCUUAUCCUUGAAAGCCCGAGUUGCCUCCCCCUUGAGCUUCCAUCACUUUGUUCUAGCGACUUUGGCGCGCUUAUCCCGCUGGGCACGAAUCGAAAAGCAAAAGUGACCCACCACAAGUUUAUGUUGAGGGACAACACUCUCUCCAGGUAUCACCUUACAAUCUAGGCAAGCACACUUGUCUUCUCUUCUCAAGAGGACGGAAUCAAUCUGGCUACAGUGCUGUCCACUACCAAAAGUCACUAGUGAGAUUCUCUCUUUCUAAAGUGAAGCUAAAGACAUCCUCUCCUUGAUUCCUGCUGCCAUAUCCAAAUUCCCCAUGCACUCCUUCAAAACUUGUGUUAGAUGUACCUAUCUGGCCAUUGAGGUUCCUCCUAUGAAGAGCUUCUCGCCAAUACGUACACUCCUAAUCAUGUCCUCUAGGCCUUCCCAUAACUCUCUCUUGGUGCUCCCACUGUAACCUACUUGCAGGGCAUAUGCACUGAUAACAAUGAGAACUAAGUCCUGACGGCUAGCUUGACCAGGAUAAUCCUGUCUCCUUGCCUCUUGACGUCUACCACUCCGUACUUGAGGCUCUUGUUGAUCAAGAUGCCUACUCCAUUUCUGUCUGUAGAUGUCCCUGUGUGCCCCAGCUUGAAGCCGGUAUCCUCUACCUCCUUCACCUUUUGUCCCUUCCAUUUGGUCUCUCCUCACUGCUGCAUCCACUAACUCCUGUAACUUACCUGCCAGGGAUCCUACGUUCUAGUUACCUAUGCGGAUCCUACUAGGCUCGGUUAGUUUCUUUACCCUUCGCAGUCGUCGAGUCAAAUGUGAAGACCAUUGCUCAUUUUUCGCUACAUCGGAGCGUUGAUGGAGUGCUCCACUAAGGAUGCAAUGACCUGAUCCUUGCUCACUUACCACUCUAUCCAGAUCAAGAUACAAUGUGCCACUAAAGGGGUGACGUCCCGACAAGUCAUGUCGAGGUACACGUGUAAAUACACACAGAGAAGGCAAAAGUGGAGUUAAAAAGUGAGUUAUUAUGUCUUCUCACUUGACCUUCAGUAUAGUCUAUUCUCAUAACUAUCACCAAAAACAUCGCGAAGGACUUCAUGCGUUCCAUUCUUUGUUGGCAUGUUGCAAGAUUAGAUGGAGAUUCUCAUUCAGCAGUGAAGGUUGAGAAAGUAGAUACCUAAAGAGUUGAUAGAGUAAGAGAGUAUGGAACAGAAAACAACUCUGUUGUUGUUCACCACUUGAAUCAACAACUAUGACAUGUCAUGUUUUAGCAAUCACGUGCCAUAUUAAAUGUACAAGAACAAACAAGCUAAUUUUAUUACCUUGUUUUUUUUGUUUGUUCACUUCGUCUUUACGAUCUUCGUCAAUGUUGCAAUUGUAUUUAGAUCCCUCGAAUUCAGAGGCAAUAAUCCUUGUUCUACUGGUUUCUUUUCUUUGGUGAUAGUCUUCCUUUUCACUAUUCAUGACUUCCUUGUUGCCUCACAUGUUCUGAUAGCCAAGUACCACAUGAUGAGCUUCACGCACACUUUUCUUGGCUAAGCCAUCAGACCCGUGUCUUUUAGCUUUCCCAUCUUCCUCGAUAAAUCCAAUACAUAAAUUGGUUGUCAAGCACCAGGAGUUUACAAGGUAAAAAAAUGCAACACAUGUAGACUAGGAGUUUGUAAAAGACAUACAAAAUGAACAACCACAAUGAACAACAUCUCGAACAAAGCAAGAAAAGCACAAUAAAAUUAUCCCAUUCACUUGGAGUUGUGUGUUUCAGGAGCCUCUCGUAAAGAGAAGUUGUCCCUACUUCAUUUCAUAUUUAUAUCUACACUUCGUCGAGAAUUAGUCUAUUUUUUUUUCUAUAACAAACUCUAUAAUCCCCCUUUUUUUAAACUUUGAUUCUAUUCUCUUAUUAAUUAAUGAAUGAGGCAAAUCUAUAAUCUCCAUUUAAAAAAUAGUGCCACACCGACCAAAUGCCAUUACAAUCUUUGUAAACACUUCAUAACAUAAGCCCAUACCUUCUCUGAUAGGCAUAUAUUAAUGAUUUGAGAAUUAACAGAUUAGAAUCAAUGACUUGGUGUAUGCACAAAAAUUUGAGUUGUUCUCAUGGGUAUAACAACAAUUACUCCAACAUCCACAACGCAUCAAAAUUUCAUAGUUAGAUCUAUGUGUACAUAGGAAGUUUAAAUAGACAAUAGAAACUUCCAACCCUAAAAACACUAAAAUGAGUAAACACAAAUAAUUGCAGAAAUAUCUAGAAUGCCUCAGGAGUCAGAUUUCAUAGCCGUCCCUGUAAAUCAUAAAGCCUAAUUGUCAACACAAAACAUAAACAAUGUCAUAGGGACGAAAUUAACCAUCUGUUGCCACGGAUGCGACAAUUGUUAGACCUGUAUGCGUGCUUUGUGGUGGCAUGGGUUGGAAGGCUGUUGGCUAUUGUGGUUCUGAUGGUUGUCAUCGCCUCCGGCGUCAUUGUUGGCAUUCACACCGGUGACCUCGCCGCCACCGUUUGCUCGGUCUUCCACCUCGUCAUCAGAGUCAGGUUGUCAAAGAGCUUAUACAUCACCUGGUUGCGGAACUCCUCCAAACUCCUAUCCUGGGCACCUUGUCCUCCAAUGUCCUCCGACUUUUGGUGCUUCCUACUUGUCGCUUGUGCAUGAGGAAGACGAAACCCACCUAAAACAAAAAAAACUAGUUGAUUGGUGGCGUUCAAAAACCUUACUUACCAAGCAAACAUGCCCAUAUGGAAUAGCAGAUCUCCUUGGCCCAUAUGCAAAAUUAAUUUUUUGUGCUCUCUCACGUGGUCAAGGCUUGGUUGCUCUUCAUUUUGGCAAUAUUAGUGUUAGCAUCACAAAAAGAGGAGAAAACAUGGAGUUGUUAGGUCUUGGGUAACCCAUGAUCAUACUCUAUUAUACCCAAACCCAUGACCACACUCUAUUGGAUUAUCCUUCCAUUGAUUAUCAAUAACAGCCCUGCUAAAUUAGAAACGUUACCAUGUUUCGUGUGUAUUAUGCCAUAAUUGCCUACAUGGCUGCAUGCCACCACAUGAGCACGCGCCGCACCGUCUAUUCACACUAUACAACCCUUGCCAGUCGACGUCAUGGCAUGCAGCCAUCGGUGCCGUCCUAUCACUACAUGAGCACGCGCCGCAAUGUGUUCACAUUUACGCCUAAUAACGCCACCAUAGCCGGUCUGCGUUUGCGUCACAGUGCCUAUAUGCAUCCAACAACUCCCCUCCUCCCUAGGCCCCAAUCAAAAGCGAAGGUUUACUUUUCCUCACACACAAGCAUUAAGUGGUAGGAAGCACCGAAAGCCAUAUGUCGCGUGUAUGCCAUAAUUGCCAACAUGGCCACACACCACCGGAUGAGCACGCUCACAUCGUCUAUUCACACUCUACACGGUCCUUGCUAGCCUGGUUGGUGUCGUGGUGCGUAGCCACCAACACCGACCUAUCACUACAUGAGCACGCGCCGCACCGUGUUCACAUUUACGCCUAAUAACACCAUAGCCAAUCUGCGUUUGUGUCAUGGUGCUAAGAUGCAUGCAACAACUCCCCCUCCCCUAGGUCCCAACCAAAAACGGCAGUUUCCAUUUCCUCGCACAAGCAAUAAGUGAUAUUGCCAUGUGUUGCGCAUAUGCCACAAUUGCCAGCCAAACAUGAGCGCGCGUCGCACCGUCUAUUCACUCCACACAACCCAUGCCAGCCUGGUCGGUGUCAUGGCGUGCAACUACCAACCCUGACCUACCACUACAUAAGCACGCGCCGCACCGUGUUCACAUUAUGCCUAGUACCACCACCCUAGCCAGUCCGCGUUUUCGUCAAGGUGACAAUAUGCAUCUAGCAACUCCCCUUCCCCAAGGUCCCAACCAAAAACGGCGGUUUCGUCUUCCUCACGCACACGCAACAAGAGAUAGGAAGCACCAAAAGCCGGAUGAGAUUGGAGGACAAGGUGCUCAAGGUAGGAGUUUGGAGGAGUCUCGGAAUCAGGUGAUGUCUAGGAUCUUCGACGACCUAUCCGACUUCGAUGACGAGGCGGAAUACCGAGUAAACAGUGGCCGCAAGGUCACCGGGGUGAACGCCAAGAAGCACGCUGGUGGUGAUGACGACCACCAGAACCACAGCCAUCGCAACCGCCUUCCAACCCGUGGCACAACAAAGCACGCCUACAAUCGCCGCCUCCAUGGCAACCAAUGGGUAAUUUCAUCCCUGUGAGAUCUAAUUGUUUUUGUUUUGUGUUGAUGAUUAGACUUUAUGAUUUAGAGAGAUAACUAUGGGAUCUGACUCGGGCGUUGGUAUUUCCGCACAUGUUCACUCAUUUUAUUUUAUUUUAGGGUUGGAAGUUUUAUUAUCUAUUAAACUUUCUGUGUAGGCAUACAUCUAAUUACGAAUAUAUUGAUGGUUCAUGGGUGUUGGAGUAAUUGUUGCUAUACCCACAAGAACUCAUGAAUGUCUUGUUUGGUUGUUGGGCAUGUCGAUUAGAGAGAAUUUUUUGUGCACAUACCAAGUCAAUGAUUCUGAUCUAUUAAUUCUCAAAUAAUUAAUAUAUGCCUAUCGGAGAAGGUAGACUUAUAUUAUGAAUUUGUUUACAAAGAUCAUAAUGACAUUUGGUUGGUGUGACACUUUUUUUAAAAGGGGGCAAAAGAUUUGCCUCAUCUAUUAAUUAAGGAGAGAAUAGAGUCAAAGUUUUUUAAAGAGGAGAGAAUAGAGUCAAUGUUUUUUUUUUAAAAAAGGGGAGAAUAGUGUGAAUAGAUCUAUUCUCAUCAAAGUGGAGAUAUAAAUAUGAAAUGAAGUAGGAACAACUUAUCUUUACAAGAGUCUCCUGAAACGCACUACUAACUCCAAGUGAAUGGAUAAUUUUGUGUUUUUCUUGCUUUGUUGAGGAUGUUCUUGUUUAUUCCAAGUGUUCAUUUUGUAUGUGUUCUACAAACUCCUCAUCUACACGUGCUGCAUUUUUUUUUAACCUUGUGAACUCCCUCUAAUGCUUAACAAAUGAUGUAUUGGAUUUAUCCAGGAAGAUGGAAAACCUUAAAGCCAUUGGUCUGUUGGCUUAGCCAAGCAAAGUGUAGGUGAAGCUCAUGAUGUGGUACCUGGCUAUCACAACAUGCGAGGCAAAAAGGAAGUCAUGUAUAGUGAAAAGGAAGGUCAUCACCAAAGAACAGAAACCAGUAGAGCAAAGAUUAUUGGCUCUGAAUUCGAGGGGUCUAAAUACAAUUGCAACGUUGAUGAAGAUCGUAAAGACAAAGAAGUGAAACAAAUAAGAAAAACAGGCAGGCUGCAUGAAGUUCUUUGCAAUGUUUUUGGUGAUAGUGAUGAGAAUGACCACGCCUUGUAUGGUGAUACUGAGGAUGUCAAUAGACCGCCUACCGAGGGAGAAGGCCAGUGUGCGAAUAUUUUACAACCAAAGGAUGUAACUCGUGGCAAAGAUACGUGCUAUGAAGAGUCCAAACAUUGUUUAACUGGUCCUCCGCUGAACUUGGUGGUUCCACAUAUACCACCACCUGGUCAACCUGAUCAGUUAAAAGUAAUCAAGGUGUCAAAUGUCGUGGGGAUUAAUCCAAAACCUUUCGAUCCUGAAACGUACAUGGAAGAGGAUGACUUCAUUACCGAUGAAUCUAAGGGCAAGGAAAGUGUGCAUAUGGAUGUUGUCCGUUGCAGAAGGGCCAAGAAUGCUGAUGGCACUGAAUCUCUUGAAAGCAAUGCACGUUUUGUCCAGUGGAAAGAUGGAAGCAUGCAACUACUGAUUGGUCAUGUGGCUCUUGAUGUAUCUGUAGAAGAGUCAAGUCAGCAUACCCACUUGUUUAGGAAGAAUGGAAAGGGGCUUCUACAGUCACAAGGAAGGCUUUUACAGAAGAUGAGAAUUAUGCCGCCCGAGCCAUCUUCAAGAUCUCAUAGCUCAUUAACAGCUCCUAUUGAUUCUCAGAAUGAGAAAACAAUUAAGGUGCAAACAUGGUAUGAUAAAAAAUAUCCCGAGAGAAUGAAGCAAGAAAGGGAAAGGGAUGAAGCACCUAGUUCGUGGUAUAAUCCUCAUGGAAGGGUGGCACACAGUGGUUUUGAGCAUAACUUGGAGUUUGAAGCACUGGCUCAGAGACGUAUAAUCAAUGCAAAGGUCCAUGAGUAUUCUGCCAGUGAAAGUGAGGAAUUAGAGUAUGGAACAGAAUUCAAGGAUAUAGAGAGCUCACCAAGACAUGAAAGGCAAAAUGAACUGGAUGAAAAUAAUGUAUAUGAUAAAGACCUAGAUGUUUCUUCUCUGCCAAAUGAAGAGAUUGAGGGACAAGAGCAUAAGAGGGGACCAAGGAAGGGCAAGGUGAUCGACUUCGGUGAGGAAUUAUAUCCACCAAAGAAACGAUUUCUCAAUCGUUGGAGAAGGCAGUUGUUAUUGACAGCGAUGAUGAGUGAGAAGAAUUGCCAGCACCAAACAGAACAGUCAAAGCGCAACUGAAUUCUGCAUAUGGAUUGUCUGAUAACUUCUCCAUUUCUUAAACGACUUUGUACAAUAAAAGUGGGACAUGCGUAUGAAUAAUGUGGUGCUAUACUUUGUUCGCCAUUUUCAGAGUUACCGUCAGAAAACUGCCAUUUUAUAACC